UCCCUCUUUCUGUUCCGGGCGACAGGGUACCAGCAGUAAACAUGGCGGAGGAACUGCUGGAAACAGUGGAGAGACUUCAGUCCCGGCUCCUGGACACUCUGGAGCCUCGAAAGCUGCUGAAGACUCUCAAAAGACUGGGGGAACUUCCCAUAACUGUGGACAUUCUGGUGGAAACUGGAGUUGGAAAGACUGUGAACUCUUUCAGGAAACACGAAGCAGCUGGAGAGGUGGCAAAAAGCCUCGUAGCCAAAUGGAAGAAACUGGUUCCUCAGUCUGCAGACAGACCCAACAGUCACGCCAAAGAAGCCUCCAGGUCACAUGUUCACUCUCGAGGCCACGAAGGAGGAGGAGGAGGAGGAGGAGGAGGACACCGACGCCCCCGAGAGCCUUCACCUGAAGAAGAGGAGCGCUCCUACAUGGAGGAGGAGGAGGAGGAGGAAGAGGAGGAGGAGAGGGGCUACCACACCAACUACUCUCCUUCUCCUCCUCCACACGACCAGUACAUUUCCCCACAGCAAGGAGGAUACCAGUCUGACGAAUACGAGAGCCCCGAGCCCAGCCCUCCUCCUCCUCCACCUCCUCCUCCUCCUCCUCGUAAAGAAGUCCGCCACGUUAAACCCAACAAGGAGCCCAGCAGGAACCACCACAGCGACCGGAGCCGAGAGGAGGAGCGACGGCAGCGUCAGAGCGGCAGCGACGGCAAGAAACGCAGCAGCAACAAAGAAAGGCAGCAGAGUCCAGGACCGAAGGCCUCCAAGCACAGCAAGAAGUCGAGCUCACAGGACGGACGGAGGGAGGAGAAGAAGAAGACGACAGACGAUGGGCGACCACGAAUGCCGAAGGACUCUCCGCCUAAGGAGGAGGACGAGGACUUCGAGACGCCCACCAUGUCCUUCGAGUCCUUCCUCACGUACGAUGCCCCGACGUCCGUCAAGAAGAAGAAGAAGCCGCUGCCGACGUCGUCUUCGUCACACAGUCGACCGUCUCACUCCUCCUCUUCCACGUCGUCUUCCCAUCGCACCCGAACGCCUCCGCCUUCGUCCUCGUCUUCCUCCUCUUCUUCCAAAGUGAACAAGGCCAACGGCGCUCAGAGCUCCAAGAGGCCACAUUCAAGCUCCAGCUCAUCAGCGGCACCAACGCCGGAAAAACGCAGAAGGGUUGUUGAAGCCGUUCCGACUCUUCCUGAAAUCCCUCUGCCAGCGAUUCAGCCCAACUACAGACCGCUGCCCUCCAUCGACGUCACGCCACUUUCUCCUCAGAGACGCAAAGUUCCCGUCUACAACGAUGAGGAGGACGCCGGCUUCACGGGGAAACGGUUCAACUCCAAGAUGGUGGUUUACUCUGGAUCCAAGACCUCCUACCUGCCCAGGAUGAUGACUCUGUACGAGCAGUGCAUCCGUGUGCUGCAGAACAACAUCGACUCCAUCGCCGAGGUGGGAGGAGUUCCGUUCGAGAUCCUGGAACCAGUUCUGGAGCGAUGUACUCCAGAGCAGCUGUACCGCAUCGAGCAGAGCAACCAGUGUUUCAUCGAGGAUUCAGACGAGCUGUGGACGCGUCACUGUAAGCGCGACUUCAAGCGAGAGUCUCCUCAGGAGUACGAGUCGUGGAGGGAAAUGUACCUGAGGCUGCACGACGAGCGAGAGGAGCGACUGAGGAUGUUGACUCAGAACAUCACGUCUGCUCACGCCAACAAACCCAAAGGACGGCAGGUUAAGAUGGCAUACGUAAAUUCUGUCGCCAAGCCGCCACGUGACGUUCGCCGCCGACAAGAGAGGUUCGGAACCACCAGCGGUUCAUCGACAGCCUCCUCCACUGCAGCUGCAGCUCCCAUCAAAAUAAGGGCGCCGGCCACAGAUUACUCCGGUGAAUCGAGCCGUUCUUCUUCUUCCCAACUCAACCCUUCACCUGGAUCGUCUCGGUCUUCAGCGCCGAGUGGAGGAGCAGCAGGAGGACACGCUGCCCGGGACAAACCACAGGUCAAAAAAAUCGCCCCCAUGAUGGCCAAAACUAUCAAAGCGUUCAAGAACAGAUUCUCCCGCCGAUAGUGUGAAAGAGACUGAAUGUAUUUCAUGAAUUCCAACUGUGUUUUUAAUUUAAGUUGAGCAAAAGUUUGAGUGGAAACCCUCCUCUCCCUGCGCACACAAACCUCCUACGCUUCCAUCUCGACCCGCCACAUGAGCUUUACGGUGUUGGUGGAGCAACGGUUGGCUUCUUCUUCUCUGUUUUUUUUUUGUGUGGUGACAUCUGUGUCAGGGGGCUUUUAUUAAGUAUUUAAAUCCUAAAUGACGGUCAAACGGUCUGUGUUUGGAAAAACAGCUUUUUACAGGACUCACAAACACACAGUCUGUUAUCUUUUCUGGUUUAUCCGGAGAUAAUUUUAAAGAAACAGCUGCACAUUUUGGGGGAUUUACAGUCUUGUUCGGAAUUAUCGGAGGAGUGUUCGUCUUUCACCAGCAGCUGGCUAACGUAGCUUUGCACAAAAACUGGAAACAGAGCUUCAAAAAUGAAUAGAGUUGCUUUUUAGCAUGUUAAAGACAUGUUAAACAUCAGUUUUUUUUAACUUGUGCAGGGUUAGAAGCAGUUUUCAGUUGCAGUGAAGAUGCUCACAGCUGGAAGUCAUCUUCUGUUCAGAAACAUAAAGGUACCACGUCUAUUUUUUUUUUUUUUUUUAAUUUUCACAUUUUAAUGUUGCCCCUCAGGAGGUAUUUUUAGAUAUUUUCCAGUUUUUAAACCUGCUUUUGCCUCCCUUUUCCGGCAGUCAGAGUAAUUACACAAACACUGUCAACUUGUGCUUAUAAAGAACGUCGAUCGCUUUGUUUUUUAGACUUUAAUCCUUCCUCUGAACGCAGAGAUUCUUUCUAAUCUGGAGCAUCAGAAACUUUUCUUUGUUGCUCUUUUGCUGUUUUCUCCAUUGGCUCCAUCAGAAUCCGAGUUACUGCAGCUGAAUCCAGCUCCGUCUCUUCGUUUACUUCCCUUUUCAUUGCUGGUUGAUGCAUCACUUUUGCUGCAAAAUACAGAGAAGUUUACCUGGUACUGUUGGACCUGAACAGGUGUUCUGCUUUCUGCAAAUACUCAUAAACCUACUGGAUAAAUCUUCUUAUCAAAAGUCUACAAAAGUCCGUAUAGACGACUCUGGUACCUAAAAAUCAGCCAAGAAAUGUGUGUUUAAUCACGACUACGGUACAACGACGGUAUCGAACACUGUCAGCAGUAGUUUUUAUUCAUGGAAUAAGUGGAUACGACCUUCUGUGAAUGUCUGGAACUGAAUCCUCCCAGCAGACCAGGAAGUAUUAAAAUACCAACUAUGAAAGAGUGUAAUCAAAGCUUUAAUGUGAACUCAUUUAGCUUGAAUAUAAUAGAUAAUAAUUUAUAUUAAAGUCCCGUACUUUAGCUUUAAGGUUGGUGAGAAAAACGCCACGCACCUGAUAAUUAGUAGUAAUUAUUUAGAAAUUUUGACACUACUGAGGCAAGAAACUGAGCAAAAACAUGCAAGUUUUGCCUUUUUUCAGCUUUUUAAAUGAAUUAAUAAUGUCUGUAGCAACAUCCAUGCAAGCGAACCUUCUCUUCAUUUGAAAAGUGAAGAUAAUUUUUAUCCAGCGGUUAAUUUUGAUUUUAACCCUGUAUUUUUUCUAAGAGCCAGCAGGGGGCGACUGCUGUGGUUGAUUACAUGAUAAAAUGAUCUGACUUCUAUCUUAAUUUAUCACCUCAGUAAACGUUUUCAUGAUGAGUUCAUGGUCUCAGUUGCUAGUUUAAAGUCUCCUCAAAUACAGCAUGAUGUUUAUUUUAUAAAUUAUGGUCGACUUUUGAGGAAAGUAGACGACAAAGCAGUGUAUGUUUGAGCAUGGAGCUAGCUUGUGAUUGAUUAGUUGCUGUCAUCGAAGUGUGUGUAGUUUCUUCCACCUCUCACCUGUUAUGUCCAGUUUAAAAAACCCCACAAUGAAUUAAUUCCAAUUUUGAAGCUUCAAAUCCACAAAAUAAUGAGCCAAGUUAAUCUUAUAUAUAGUAUCUGUAGUUGCAACACUGGCACAUAACCUUGUUUAAAAUGCAAAUAUGUUAAUUUGCAAGCUCUAGAGAUGUUUGUUAAACAGAGCACGGCUAGCAGUUUCCCUUUGUUUCCAGUCUUUGUGCUAAGCUAAGCUAACCAGCUCCUGGCUUCAUAUUUAUCCAACGGUUACGAGAGUGUUCACCGAUCCUCUGACUCUCUUCAAGAAAACAAAUGAGCAUUUUCCCCAAAGCAUCAAACAGAUUUUUAAUGUUGUAAUUUUAGAAACAGUCAUCGGUUAUUUUCCUGUCUGACCAAACAAAACACUAUGAACGAAAACGUCUCCUUCUGUCUCUUGCAUGAUGCUUGACACCCGAGAUGUCAACCGGCUGGUGGAAAACUCUGGUGCUUCUCUCAGUGUGCGGGGCUGAAAUGAUAUCAAACACACAAACGCUGUGGACUUCUUUUAACCCUCCUGUGGCUUCAGAUCAUGUUUUCCUGCUGUCGAAUGUGUGCGUCGCUGUUUUCUAUCUGCUUCACUGUGACACAGUUUGAACGAGAGUCGAGGGAGGAAGGUGGCAGGAAGUCUGCAGCUUCAUGAUGAUGAUGAUCAUAAUGAUAUGUAUUUAUUUUCAACACUGGGACCUGACACCCCACAACAUGGGCCCGAACGGAAGUAGAUUAAAAAUUGUAAUUUUAUUAGAUUUUAAUAAAUGUUCUAUGGUCAUUUUUAUUAAAAUUGACUUUUUGCCCUUAACAA